AUGACCAAAAUAAAUCACGCAUUUCAAUUUCUUAAUGAUAAUCGUCAUUUUAUCGAAUUACACCUUCAGAAAUCGAAAUAUCCCGAAAUAAUAAACAAAUUAUUACAUGCUGAAGAAAUUAUGGCAUCCGAAAAUCCUAGAGUCAGUAAACACGAAUCUAAAGCUUACCAAAUCUUUAAAUAUUAUGAACCUUAUCACAUUCACGCUCAAUUUCGUGUUUGUGAUUAUGAAUUCAACGAAAUUUCGGAAUCAGAUAAAUUAUUAAAAGAAGUGGCAAAUUGGGAAUUGGUAGUUGAAGAAGAACAAAAAGUUUACAUUAAUGCGGAAGCAAGAAUUGAAUACGCAUUUGAUUGUUUAGUGAAGAAUGAAAGAAAUUAUGAAUUAGGUAGAAGAUUUUUAUAUGAUGCUUAUUGUACUAAUGAUGAAUUUUUAUGUGAAAAGGUUCUCAAUGUUCAAGUUCCAUUCUUCUUUAAACAAAUAGUUGAUUCUUUAAAUAUAGAUGUAGAACAAAUAGGAAAUGUCUGGACAGUUGCUGGAGCUAUUAUUCUUGGAUCUCAAAAAGCCAUACGUCAAGUUGCAAAGAAUGUAUUUUAUCAUUUACAUCAAUUGGAUUUAAAUUUUCAUCUGUCACGACAAACAGGUGGUUUAAGCAGAGCCAUUGAUCGUGGUACAAAAGGGAUAAGUUUUUUACUUUCUUCUCUUGUAUUUCACGUGUUGCCAACAGCUUUUGAAAUUUCUAUGGUUUGUGGUAUAUUGGUUUAUAAUUAUGGAAUACAUUUUGCAACUGUGACGAUAUCCACGAUGUUAACUUAUGCAGCAUUUACUAUUAAAACAACUUCUUGGAGAACGAAAUUUCGCAAAGAAGCAAAUCAAGCAGAUAAUGAAGCAGCUACGGUUGCUGUGGAUUCUCUAAUUAAUUAUGAAGCUGUUAAAUAUUUUAAUAAUGAAAAAUUUGAAGUUAAGCAAUAUGAUAAAGCUUUAUCUAAAUAUGAGAAAGCAUCUCUUAAAAUUGCUACUUCUUUAUCACUCUUGAAUUCAGGACAAAGUUCAUUAACUGUGGGAGAUCUUGUGAUGGUUAACCAACUUGUAUUUCAGCUUUCAUUACCUUUAAAUUUUCUUGGUUCAGUAUAUAGAGAAUUACGUCAAAGUUUAAUUGAUAUGGAAACCAUGUUUAAUUUACAAGCUGUUAAUAUUACGAUUAAGGAUUUACCUAAUGCGAAACCUUUAGUUCUUAAUAAUGGAGGUGAAAUUGUUUUUGAUAAUGUAACAUUUGGUUAUCAUCCUGAUCGACCAAUUUUAAAAGGAAUGAAUUUUACAAUACCAAAAGGAAAAAAGAUUGCUGUUGUUGGUCCAAGUGGUUGUGGAAAAUCAACUUUAUUAAGAUUAUUAUUCCGAUUUUAUGAUCCAUUAUCUGGAAAUAUAUAUAUUGAUGGACAGAAUAUCAAAGAAGUUACAUUAGAGACAGAUUACAAUGAAGUAGAAAAUGCUGCUAAAAGAGCAAAUAUUCAUGAUGUGAUAAUUUCAUUACCUGAUAAAUAUAAUACUAAAGUAGGAGAAAGAGGAUUAAUGUUAUCCGGAGGUGAAAAACAAAGGGUCGCAUUAGCCAGAACUAUUUUAAAAGAUCCUCCAAUCUUAUUCUUUGAUGAAGCUACUUCAGCAUUAGAUAUACAUACCGAACAAUCUUUACUUUCUAAUAUUAAAAAUAUAUUACAAUCAAGUCAAAAAACUAGUAUUUUUGUUGCACAUCGGUUAAGAUCAAUCGCUGAUGCUGAUGAAAUCUUUGUAUUACGUAAUGGAGUCAUUACAGAACGUGGAAAUCAUGAUAAAUUAUUACAAAAAGAAGGUGGUUUAUAUAAUAAUAUGUGGUUCACCCAAGAAAUGGCCGAAUUAAAGGAAGAAAAUAAUUAA